GCUCCCCUUCCCGGGGAACGUCCCGGGCCUGCCCCCCCGCAUCGAGAGCACCGAUCGCCUUCCCGAUACGUGCCUCCUCAUGCCUUUCAUUGAUGCUCUGAGGCUACUCAAGCCGCACUUCGAGGAAGCCCUUGCGAACCUUCCAGCUAUCAGCCUCCUGAUCUCCGAUUCCUUCCUUCCAUGGACCAACGAGUCGGCCUUAAAACUUGGGAUUCCAAGGAUGGCGUUCUUUGCCAUGCUCAUCAAAACCAUCUGUGCCCGAGACACACCGCAAACUGGUCUCGACAACGAUCACCAGCCCUUCAUGGUCCCCGGCUUCCCACACCUCCGGCUCACCAAAGCGGAUUUGGGCAAGCCCUUCGAUGACCCCAACCCGCGGCAUCCAAUAUACGUGUUUGACAUAGAGGUAACGAAAGCCACAAACGAGAGCCAUGGAAUUGUUGCGAAUAGCUUCUACGAACUGGAGCCGGCCUACGUUGACCACUGGAACGACAAAAUCGGACCCAAAGUUUGGUGCAUCGGACCGCUCUGCCUGGCCCGGCCGGAGGCCGAAUCGGCCGACCGGCGCCCCGGGUGGAUGAAAUGGCUGGACUCUAGAUCCGCCAUGAACCGCCCGGUGGUGUACGGCGCGUUCGGGUCUCAAGCGGAGAUAUCCGUGCCGCAGUUGAAGGAGCUCGCGGCCGGGUUGGAGCGGUCCGGUCUGGACUUUUUGUGGGUGGUUCGGGCCAAGGGGGUGGAUCUGGGAGAAGGGUUCGAGGAGAGGGUGGCCGAGAGGGGGAGGGUGGUGAGGGAGUGGGUGGACCAACUGGAGAUUCUGAGGCACGAGAGCGUCGGAGGGUUCGUGAGCCACUGCGGGUGGAACUCGGUACUUGAGGGGAUUAGUGCCGGCGUGCCCCUCUUGGCGUGGCCCAUGAUAGCCGAGCAACCCACCAAUGCCAAGUUUGUGGCGGAUGAGCUGAGGAUUGGAUUGAGGAUUCGGGCGAGCGAUGGCACUCGCGAUGGGUUGGUGAGGAGGGAGGAUGUGGAGCGGAUGGUGAGGGAGUUGAUGCUCGGAGAGAAAGGGAAGGAGGCAGCGGAGAACGUGAAGAGCUUGGCAGAGGCGGCUAGGAUGGCGAUGGACGGUGGAUCAUCUUGGCAAGCGCUGAAGCAGAUGAUUGAUGGAGUGUGUGGUAGAAAGAACGCCUGUAGCAUGGUGACUCAAGUCUAACUGCCUCACCGUUGAUACACAGUUCACUAUACUCUGAUGGGAAAGCUUCAGCAGGGGAGGCCACUACAAUGGAAGGCACAUAUGCUUGGGAAAUUAGUGACCACCAUUCGUGCUUCUUUCCAUGUGCUCUGCCACCAACUAUCGGUGAUUAUUUUGGAAGUCUCCACCUGCUGAUGUUUCUGCAUUGAUUGAAUAAA